CACCCAAAACAAAACGUUAUUCAAUUCAAGAUUCCAAAAUGGAGGCUUAACCUUUUCUUUUCUAACCCUUGCGCACAUCUCCAAAUUUUCUUAAUCAACCUCCUCGGUUACUGGAUUACAACCAUCUCUUGCAAUUCAUUUCACCUCACUUAUUUUUUCUCUUUUUGUCCGUUAAUCUGUAUUUUAAUAUACUUGUUGUGCGUGAAGGUUCUGAACUCUGGUGUGUGUAGUACUAAGUAGAGCAAUAUAUGGCACUUCAUAUCAUAUCGCGGCGAGUCUCUGGUGGCGGACCAACGACUUCGCAAUUGGUAGGGGCAUUGCGUUAUGGCAGUUGUUGGAGAUCGUAUGCGACCGCAUUUAGAUUAGAAAGGGACACUUUUGGCCCAAUCUUAGUUCCCUCCGAUAAGCUUUGGGGGGCACAAACUCAAAGGUCAUUGCAGAAUUUUGAUAUUGGCGGCCCGCGUGAGCGAAUGCCCGAACCUAUUGUUCGGGCCUUUGGCAUCCUCAAGAAAUGUGCUGCCAAGGUGAAUAUGGAGUAUGGUCUUGAUCCGGAAAUAGGGAAAGCAAUCAUGCAAGCCGCACAAGAAGUAGCUGAGGGGAAGUUAGCCGAUCAUUUCCCGCUUGUCAUAUGGCAAACUGGCAGUGGCACUCAAAGUAACAUGAAUGCCAAUGAGGUUAUUGCUAAUAGAGCAGCUGAAAUCCUUGGGCAUGAACGUGGUGAAAAGUUUGUACACCCAAAUGACCAUGUUAACAGAUCUCAAUCUUCUAAUGAUACAUUCCCAACUGUAAUGCAUAUUGCAGCUGCAAUGGAAAUCAAUUCAAGAUUAAUUCCAAAUUUGAGUACCUUGCAUAAUUCGCUGCAUUCAAAGUCUGAUGAAUUUAAGGAUAUUGUCAAAAUUGGGCGCACUCACACUCAAGAUGCAACACCUUUGACUCUUGGGCAAGAAUUUAGUGGCUAUACCACACAAGUGAAGUAUGGCAUUGACCGAGUCAUGUGCACUCUGCCUCGCAUGUAUCAGCUUGCACAGGGUGGCACCGCUGUAGGAACCGGAUUGAACACAAAGAAAGGGUUUGAUGUAAAGAUUGCUGCAGCUGUAGCUGAGGAAACAAACUUGCCUUUUGUCACAGCAGAAAACAAGUUUGAAGCUUUGGCUGCACAUGAUGCUUUUGUUGAAGCCAGUGGAGCCCUCAACACAAUUGCUACUUCUCUAAUGAAAAUCGCCAAUGACAUACGCUUAUUAGGAAGCGGUCCACGUUGCGGCCUCGGUGAACUCAUUCUGCCUGAAAAUGAGCCAGGCAGCAGUAUCAUGCCUGGAAAAGUCAAUCCGACUCAAUGUGAAGCACUAACAAUGGUCUGCGCUCAGGUUAUGGGGAACCAUGUGGGCAUCACAGUGGGUGGAUCAAAUGGCCACUUUGAGCUAAAUGUAUUCAAGCCAAUGAUUGCUAGUGGUCUCCUACAUUCAGUUAGAUUGCUGGGUGACGCAUCUGCUUCCUUUGAGAAGAACUGUGUAAGAGGAAUUCAGGCCAAUAGGGAAAGGAUUUCAAAAUUACUUCAUGAGUCAUUGAUGCUUGUCACAUCCUUGAAUCCUAAAAUUGGUUAUGACAAUGCCGCUGCAGUUGCCAAGAAGGCCCACAAGGAGGGAACUACACUGAAGGAUGCUGCCUUGAAACUUGGAGUACUCACCUGUGAAGAAUUUGAUAAUCUUGUGGUGCCCGAGAAAAUGAUUGGCCCAUCUGACAGACUGACAAGCUCAUGAGGUUUUGGUUUUGGCUUUAGCAUCGGUUUUGAAGAUGUUCUAAAUUUGCACCAUUUGCAACCUCCAAUCCAGUCAAUUGUCAGAAAUCCUAUAGUCUGAUCUGGUGUAUCUUUCGUCACUUUAUAUCGCGACGCUGUCGGGAAUAGUUACAGGAAGAAAGCAUUUUUUAAGUUCUACAUUGCAUAACACGAUUGCAAUUUCUGAUGAGAAGCUGCUUUUAUAAUGUAAACUUUCGGGAAACAGCUUACUAUGGAUUUUAAAAACAAGCAAUAACUUUACAGUUGAA